CGCGGCUCGCGCUUCACGCUCAGUCGGCUUUCGGCUUUCGGCCACGUUCGUCGCACUGUCGGCUCCGAGCUCAGUGUUCUCAGUGAUACGGUCAUCAGUCAGAUCAGUGAGUAGGCUCAGUCUGCUCUGAGAAAUCGUGUCGCGUGACGUUUGUCGCGCGCAGGUGUUGUGCGCGCCUACGCUUGUGAAGCGUCAACGUCGCGUCCGUCUUUACGCGCCUUAACACCCGCACCUGAGACCUGAGACUCUGUCAACCACUAUCAGAUCGUCACCGUCAUCGUCACCGGCCCAAGACACCUGAAGACAUCCACGGAGGAGGCAACGGCAUAUACGGCAUUCGGCUGACUCGGCAUUCGGCAUUCAACUUUGACGGGCCCCGGCCGUAACAAGCGCGCGCGGCACCAUGGAUCGAUCGUCCAAGUUGAUUCUAAAGCUCGUCAUAGACUUCCUCUGCCUAUUCGUCGUGGGCAUUUCGGUGCUGAUGUUCUUCCUAUUCGGCAAACCUUACAAACGCGGUUUCUUCUGCAACGAUGAGUCACUCUAUCAUCCGUUUCACGAAUCUACGGUUACGAGCACGAUGUUGUACAUCAUCGGUCUUUUCCUUCCUAUAUGCACGAUGAUCAUAGGGGAGUAUCUGCACUGGAGGCAUUUCUCUGGACACACGGCGAAUGUGCUUUUUGGAUACACCAUACCUCCAUGGCUGUGGAAUGCUUAUCAAAAGGUUGGUGUGUUCGGUUUUGGUGCAGCCUGCACCGUUUUAACUACGGACAUCGCCAAGUACAGCAUAGGUCGGCUACGGCCACAUUUCAUGAAGCUCUGCGUACCCAAUGUUGACUGCAACUUGCCUGAGUAUCAACACAAAUAUAUUGAGGAUUUCCACUGUACCGCAUCAGGAAUCUCGGCCAAGUUGCUAAAGGAAGUCAGAUUAUCGUUUCCCUCCGGUCACUCGUCCUUCUCGGCCUACACCAUGAUCUAUCUUGCGAUGUAUCUACAGUUAAGAAUGAAAUGGAAGGGCAGUAAACUACUUAGACACUUCCUUCAACUUCUAUGCUUGCUCAUGGCCUGGUUUACCGCGAUGACACGAAUUUCCAAUUAUAAACAUCAUUGGAGCGACGUGCUCGCUGGAUCUAUCCUCGGCAUAAUCAGCGCUUUAGUGAUGGCACACUGCGUGGCAGAUCUUUUCAAAGAGGACAGGGAGAAACACUGCUCCACAGAGAAGCAUCGAACUACCGAUUACGAAGCAGAGACUGGCGUCACCGGCAUACAGGUGAAUAAUGUUGUCCUCGAGAAGCUAAAAAGAUCUCUGGAUUUCUCAUGAAACAUCAGAUGAGAUUAGAUCUCAGAUAGUCCGGACAUGUCUAUCGACGUAGCCUUCUCCAGCGUUUCUUCUUCAGACGUUUUUAGCUCUCGACGAGAGAGAGAGCUUUAGAAGACCUUCAGGAAAUACUUUUCUAAUUCCAAAAUAGUAAAUCAUGUUACUAUUUUGGAAUUCGUUUCCCAACUAUUGCAUAUUCGCCGUAUUUUUUUCUAAUUGUUAUACAAAUUAUUUGAGUUUCGUUAUCGCUGUACGGAUCAUGAGAAAGAGAAGAAAAAAGAAUUAGAGUGCAAUGUAGCUACGGCUUGCUAAAUACUGUUUGUUUUUCGUUGAGCUUUGUGUGGUCUAUUAUGCGAACGUGUCUGAUAUGGAACGCAGUGACUUUUGUUGCAACGAGGAGUGAUAAUUUUUCUUUUACUUUAUUAUGCUUUAUCUCUUAGCUUUUAGUAGCGCUCGAAGGAUAGAUGUAUGUUUCUAGAAGCCUAUGUUUGUGUAACGUUUUUCGCGACUGGUUAGCGAAAGAUCAGAAUAUCUUACGAAGAAUCAGUUUGCAUUGAAUGGAAAUGAAGAGGAAUGUCUCUUAUUUUUAUAGUCGAUAUUUACGGAGUUUUAGAUAUAUAACGAUAAAGAUGUAUUUAUUUUCUUUUAUUGCGACAUAUUUAUUUUUAAUAGAUAGAUCGGUGCUUUUGAUCCUUUUACGUUUAGCGUAAUGUAGACCGAUCAUUCUCUGUAUGAGUAUUCCUUUAUUUAUGAGUACUGGAAACUCGAUGAUCGGAAGUACAAUUUUGUAUUAUAUUAAUAUAUAUGUAUAUUUUUCUUACAAUUUAUAUUAUUCUCUUCGUUUUAUUACUCUAAUAGCUCGUCUAUUUUGUGCGACAAUUAAAAUGUGUUCGGUAUAUUGAAAAAAAUUUCGAAUAUACAUCGAGGAGACGACCGUUUUUCUACAAACAGCAAAAAUCUCCUCAUUAUGUUUUACAUUGGCCUAAUCUGCAAAGUAGAUAGAUUGUAGUAGAAUCGCCAUGACGGUGCAUUCGGAUUGUAAAAGAGACUUGGAAAGAGAUGUCGAUAAUGUUUAAGAUUUAAAUCGUUCUCGACCUCACUCUAUAAACGUGUUACGGUUUAACGCGGAUUAUCUACGAUAAUUAACGUGAAUUAUCACCAAUCAUUGUCUAGUGUAAAAGCACCACAAAGUAUCACAUGACUUUCCUCAUGACUUUACUUUGUAACGUCCCAAGAUAAUUCAAUGUAUCUUAAGACUGCGAAUAAUAGAUAAACUAAAGCCCAGAUGAGAUAAAUUUUAUUUAUGUGACAAUAAAUACUUAAACUUCGGCAUCAGGAGUAUUGAUUUUUAAUAAUUUUUUAAUUUUUAUUUUAUUUGUUUAAAAAGUUUGACAUAAAAUUUAAU